AUGGUGCCUCUGCCCCUAUUCAAGCUCGCGUCGCUCUUUGUGCGGCACAUUUCCAAAUAUGGCGCCAACCAAAUCAAGGCCCAAGCCCACGAUCACCCGCGAUUCCGUGCAUUCGCCGCCAAAUAUGGCCAACACAUCCAUCAACUAAACAUGCGCAUGUCCGUCGCCCUCCUCCGCGAUCCCGAAGCAGAGCGCCGUGCAAAAGAACGAGCCGAAGCACCCACCGUCAAAACCGAAGAGCAACACAAACGCGACGAAGCCGCAAGACUAAAAUCCAGCACGAGCAGCUCCUCGUCCUCCUCACAAUCAUCAAAAUACCCCAGAUUCACUUUUCAAAACGUGUGGAAGAGGAAGUUUCGGCCCCUGCCAGAAAACAAAGCCGUCGAUCUUUUUGCAGACGUGAUUGGCGACACGUUUAUCCUCGGCGUGGCAGGCGGAUUGAUCAUAUACGAGUCGUGGAAGGCGUUGCAAAAGCCAGAUGUGAAUAAGCAGCGGAUUGACGAUUUAAGUGAAAGAGUAGAGGCACUGAGGAGACGGGAGGAGGAGUUGGCGGAUGUCGAGGAGAAGCAGAGACAGAGAUUUGAGGCGUUGGAGGAAGCCCUGAGGGCAUUAAGGGAUCCCAAAACCAAGCAGCCCCUGUUACCGACAUUGCAACCUUGA